UCACUUUUGUAAUUUUCACCUCGUUUCGAGAUACAAAAUUGAUCCUCAUGUCCACGAAACUAAUAAAUCAUGAAAUUAGUAUCGUAUUGACCUGGUGCAAUAAGUUGAAGUGAAAUAAAUAAACAUUUGUUUUAUUUUAACUUAUUGUACACUUGUUCAGAGAGUACAUACAGAAAUUAUUCUUUCUCGAGCCAUUGGAAGCGAAACGAUUGAAUUCGUGGCAGAAAGCAAUUCGAUGAAACGGACAAGAACAGCUACUAGGAUUCAACAGGAGAAUAAAAUAGAGAAAAAUAAGGAUAAUGAAGAUACGGUGAUCAGAAGACCAAAAUUGAACCUCAAGUCCUUACUAAAUCAGGAAUAUCGAGAUACUAAAAAUGUAUACAACACGACAGAUUCUCAAAUUUCUGCAUCCUUUAAAAGUUCCAAGAAUUCUCAGAAAGAGCCAAAGAUAGAAACUCACAUUGAAAGAAAUAAAAGGGAAGUGGAAGAAUUGAAAUCAAACACGAAUAGCAAAGGAAAACCGAGAGCAGUCGUGGAUUUGCAGAUGAUGAAAUUGGAAUUAAGUCAAUUAGAAGAUCCUCCUGUGACACCAUGGGAGAAAGAAUUAUCUUCUGGCCGACUGCAGUAUGAAUUCUUUGACAUUCCCUGCGAAGAGCUGGCACAGCGGUUGUUAGGAAAAAUACUUGUAAGAUAUCUCGAGAAUGGAACUAUCCUCAAGGGUAGAAUUGUAGAAACUGAAGGAUAUUUAGGUACAAUGGACAAGGCUUCACAUUCUUAUCAGAACAAAGUUACAUCUCGCAACUUGCCAAUGUACAUGCCACCAGGAACUAUUUAUAUUUACAUGACAUAUGGCAUGUACCAUUGCUUCAAUAUUUCUAGUCAAGAAGGAAAUGCGCAUGUAUUAAUCAAAGCGGUGGAACCGCUAAUGGGCCUCAAGUAUAUGGAAUUGCUAAAAAAUAUGCGAUGGAAAGAUAACGGAAGAGAAAAACAAACCGCGAGACUUGCGACGCACCUAAAACAAUACAAACUUUGCAAUAAUCCCUUCAAGAUUUGUGAUGCCUUUGCAAUCGACCAAAACUCUUUCGAUCGGAAAUUCGUUUAUGCGUGUAAUAAUUUGUGGCUCGAGAGCCAACCUUUUGUAAGACCUCCUACUAUAGUAGCCAUACCAUCUAAAAAUCUUAAAUCGGAUGAUAGUUAUGUUAUAAAGACACGAUAUUACGUGCUGGGAAGUGCCAGCGUCGACGAAAAGAAUUCUGAGUGCGAGAAACUCGCUUACAUUGCACAAUAAAUUGAAUUUUAUGGCCCGUAUUC